AUGAAAUUCUCCACUGCUUUGUCUGUCGCUUUAUUCGCCUUGGCUAAGAUGGUCAUUGCCGAUUCCGAAGAAUUCGGCCUGGUGAGUAUCCGUUCCGGCUCGGAUUUACAAUACUUGAGUGUUUACAGUGAUAACGGCACUUUGAAACUUGGCAGCGGUAGUGGCUCAUUUGAGGCAACUAUUACCGAUGACGGUAAACUGAAAUUUGACGACGAUAAGUAUGCUGUUGUCAAUGAGGAUGGCUCAUUCAAAGAAGGUUCUGAGAGCGAUGCUGCCACUGGUUUUUCUAUUAAAGAUGGCCAUCUAAACUACAAGAGCUCUUCUGGUUUCUACGCUAUCAAGGACGGGUCGUCUUACAUUUUCUCUUCUAAGCAAUCCGACGACGCUACCGGUGUUGCGAUUAGACCAACUAGUAAGAGCGGAUCUGUUGCAGCAGAUUUUUCUCCAAGCGACUCUAGUUCCUCUUCAUCUGCUUCUGCUUCGUCUGCUUCCGCAUCAUCUUCUACAAAGCAUAGUUCGAGUAUAGAAUCUGUCGAGACCUCUACUACUGUGGAAACUUCCUCUGCUAGCUCCCCAACUGCUUCAGUUAUCUCUCAAAUUACUGAUGGACAAAUCCAAGCUCCAAACACAGUUUACGAACAAACAGAAAAUGCAGGUGCCAAGGCUGCCGUCGGCAUGGGUGCUGGUGCUCUAGCGGUCGCAGCUGCUUACUUGUUGUAA